AUGUUACCGUAUGCAGCGAUGGCAGCAGUUGAUCAGGAGCUCGACAGACUGGAGCGCACUGGUGUCAUCACACCAGUGAAGUACUCUUCAUGGGCUGUGCCGAUCGUUGCAGUGAGAAAGCCGAAUGGUAAAGUGCGUGUCUGCGCCGAAUUUUUGAUUGGUCUAAAUGCCACACUAGACGACCAUCAGUACUCCCUUCCGAUACCAGAGGAUAUCUUUGCCGAGCUGAGUGGUGGGAAGUGUUUCGCCAAGCUCGACUUGACUGAUGCCUACUUCCAGGUCGAUGUUCAUGAAGACUCGAGAGAACUGCUGACCAUCAACCCCCAUCGUGGCUUGUACCAGCGUCCCUUUUUGAGUGGAAACGGUACCAGCCAUCUUCCAGCAUCCGAUGGACACCAUGCUGGCGGGAGUUUCUGGAGCCGCGGCAUACCUGGAUGA